AACGUCACCACGGAAACUGAGGAAACAGUUCCUCGGUUCAGGUUACAUCGAACGAUAGUAUGGCUUGUAAAUAAGUAGUGAAUAAAGAUUAAAAUAAUAAGUCGGUACUUUUUCAAUAAUCACUUAAUAUAUCAAUAAUAGCGUUAAAUUACCAUUGGAUAUAUGUACCUACAUUUAAAAACAAAACAAAGUAAUAUUAUCUCAAGAAAAUUCACAUAGCACCAUUUAGUCCCAAGCUAAGCAGAACUUGUGUUAUGGGUACUAGAUAAUUCAUAUGACUACUACCUAACUAGACACAUUUUUUUAUAAAUACAUUCAUAAUAUACAUAGAAAACGCCUAAACCUAUAAAAAAAUCAUAUUCAUGAAUACAAUUGUUUGUACCGUGCAAGGAAUAGCAUCGUCCGCCCGCGCAUCAAUAGCCCGCGACCAUCUGAAGUUAGGCGGUGUGCUACCAUCGCCGUCAAAUUAUAUUGACACAUCUUUCUUUUAUGGAUUAGAAACAGAUUCAAUACAAACAGAUAUACUCAUGAAUACCAAUUUUUGUACUAUAUGGGUUUCAAACUCACAACCAAGUCAUACAUUAAAUAUUAAAUUUGUUAAAUAUCUGUCAAUCAUAACAAAAUACCUGAAGCUGAUUAGAAUUACUAUUCGUAACAAUAUAUAAUUUAAAAUAUGCCGAUCGGAAGAAACAUAUCAUAACGUUACAACUAUUUCAUUUACAUAAGUAUUUUACAUAAUAAUUCCUCUAAACUAGUUGAGCAUGUAUUCUGCUUAUUAUUUUUAUUUGUUUUUAAAAUGUAAAACUAUGAAUUAUUUAAUUUAUGUAAUGAAAUAGUGACAGGAUUUGUAAUUAUUUUGUAAGUUUCAACUGCUAUUUUAAUGAACCAUCUAAGGGAUGGCAAUGCGCAGGUGACACUCCUGUUUCAGGCGGCAUAACCGUUUACCGUAAGAUGGGGUGUAUGCUUGAUCAUCGUAGUAUAAAUAAAAAUUAUAAUUUAAAUCUAAUAAUAAUUUAUAUAUACAUCAAAUCAGAGGUAGGUAGAGGUACGUUCCUUCCUAUCUUAUUAGACUGAUAGAUAGUAUGUUGCAAAUUAAUAUAGAUAUUGCAUGAUCCAUCUCAGCUGAAUAUUUGAUACUCAAGACUUGUUGAACUUGAAUUUAUGGAAACCACUUCAGUAAACAGUAUAAAUACACACAAAAUCAGCUUUGGGCAUUAGUUACUCUUAUUCGCUUAUCGUUGAUACCAGAAUCAUCACAGACCACGAUGAACUCGUUGGUGGUGUUAUUCUCCGUAGUGGCUUUGGCCGCAGCCAAGCCCUCAGGACUGCUGAAUGCCGGAGUGAUUUCGUAUGGUGCACCUGCUGUCGCCACUUUACCAGUUGCCGUUUCGCAGCAGUCUCGGAUUGACAUCAACUCUCCUCCUACCAUUAUCAGUACUGUGCCAGCCGCUACGCCUUUAACAAUUGGAGCAGCACCGUUAACGGCAGCUGCUAUUGCACCAACUCUCAUCAGAAGCUCACCCAUCGCUACGCCAGUUAUAGCUCCAGGUGUCUUGGGAACUUCUGCUAUCGCCUCUCCAGCCCUAGUCGGCCCAGCUCUAGCACCUGGAAUUCCGCUCGGAGCCUCUCAAGUGAUCGCUGCGGGUGCUCUUCCUUUACAAGCUAGUACGCUGGCCGGUGCCCAUCUAAUUCGUAAACGUUCUGCUCCCUUGUUAACAUCCCCCAUUAUAUCUACUGGCCCUGUUGUGUCUACCUAUAGUGCAACUCCCGUUAUCUCCACAUUACCAGCUGGUCCCAUCGUCUCACCAAUCGGUAUCUCGCCACUAGCCCUCUCAUCUCCUCUUAUUGCUAGAGCUUGGUAGGAAAUUUUACGGAAACGGGAGUAAUUCCCGUUUUGAUAUAUAAAUUCAAAUUAAAGGACGCUAGUAACAAAUUUUAAAUAAAAUUAUUAUUACUUA